AUGAAUGAAAAGAUUUUUUUUAAUAAUUUUAUAUUAAAGAAAUUAUUUUCGAAUUUCGAUGUAUUAAAUUUAAUACCGAUGCAGUUUGUGUGUAAAAAAUGGAAUCAAAUAUCAAAUUCAAAUUCAUUAUGGCUGGACCAUAUUUGUAAACAUUUAUUGGCAGUGUAUGACUUGGUGUGGUCUCCUAUCGAUGGUUUUUUGUAUUCAACAUGUGGAGAAUAUAGUAGUAUGGCAGGAAAUGGCAAUGGCACCAAUCUUGGAGCCAAUGUUUAUAAAUUUAAUUUAAAAAGAUCACCAUCAAUACUCUCAAUGGCAACUUCAUCCAUAAAAUUAGAAUAUGACGCUGGAGAUGAAGAUUCAAAGUUUAAUUUAGAAAACCUACCACCAAAAUUUUAUAAAAAUAUAUUUAUCAAGUUAUUUUAUCAAUAUUAUUUCGCAAUUAUUAUAGUGGAUAAACACAGACAACUAUUUUUAAAAAAACAUCUACAACCAGCCUAUGAUACUAUUAUUGAUAUUUUAAAUUCAAUUAAAACUUCAACAAAUAAUAAUAAUAAUAAUAAUAAUAUUAAUUCUAAUAUUAAUAAUAAAAUUUUACAAAUUCAAAGAGUUAUUAAAGAAUUAGAAAUAGUUUCAUCUCCAAUUUAUUCCCAAUUUAGUUUAUAUAAAACGAGCUUCAAACAAAGAGAGCUAUACUUUAAAUCAACACUACCAAAGAGUUCCAAAACAGUGGUUCAGUUUCUUUUGUUAAAUAAUAUUAAAAAUCAAUUUAAUGAAACCCAAGAUUUCAAUAACUACCAUGUCUCAACAGAAUUUUUCCUCUUUUGUCUAUUUAAUCAAGAUCACCUAAAAAAUAACAAUACCAAUAAUGAUAAAAACAAUAUUAAUAAUAAUAAAAUAAACUAUAAUAGUUACCCAGAAUUUCAAAGUUUAAAUAUUUUUAAUAGAAAUAACAGCAAUUAUAAAAGCCAAAAUGAAAAUAUAAUAAUAUCAUCAUUAAAAUCAGUUCAAUUUAAAGUUGACAUUUCAAUAAACUUUAAAUUUUGCAAUCGUUCAGUAGUCCAAGUUUCAUCCAGCUGCAAAUUUAAAUUUAAUGACUAUAGUAAAGUUGGUACCAAUGAAUGGAAAGAGCUAUAUAAUUUUAAAGCAUCGUUAGAUGAAAAUGGAAAGAAUGGUGUUGUUAUAGGAAGCUUAAAUAUAUUUGAAGAAAAUGAGGCGAUUGAUGAUGAUGAUAACCCAAAACUGGACUAUAUUAUAUCACAGUAUGAAUCUCACGAUGAAUACUCGUCAUUUCAUUUCCCAGUAAAUGCAAAGACUACAAAAUCUAUUUCAGAAUAUCUUCAAGUCAAGGGUUCAGAAAUCAUAAAUACAUUAUCGGCAGUUUUAGAUCAUCGUAAAUUUGAAAUUCCAAAGCCAAAGAAAGAUAUACUUUUAAACUAUCAACUAGCAUCCAAACUAUACAACAAAGAAUUUUUUAAUAGCUUUAUUUUUACGAAAUCAAACAUUGGCUUUAAUUUAUUAAAACUAAUAUGCUAUGGUGAUGAAAAUAUAAUAUGCGAAGAUAAUAGGACCAAUAGUGGCAUCCAUCAAAUAAAGAAAAUUUUAACCAUUGAUAUUGGUUCAAAAAGCAAAAACAAUAUUGAGACCUUUUUCAUUCAUACGGAUAUUAGAAAACCAAACAAUAUUAGAAAUAAUAAUAAUAAUAAUAACAUCAGUGAACUAUAUUUAACACUAUCAGAUUUUAGUUUAAAAAGACCACCAAUUGUAAUUUCAAAUAACAAAAAUGAAGGAAAUACCCAAUUAAUUUUUCCAAUAGAUUUCAUUCAGAAUGAUAUCCUAAAAUUUUUAAAUCUGGACGAAAUCAUUGACGAAAUUGUACCAUUCGAUGGGGACAGUUAUAACAAAAUAGAAAAAAAUGACAUUUUACUUUUGGUGUUAAAAUUAUUAAUUAAUGUUUGGAGAUUGGAUGAUUUUAUCAAAGUAGAAUUUUUAAGAAAUGACAAUUCAAAAUUUCAAAUUUUAUUCAAUUAUUCCAAUAUUAAUAAUAAUGUAGAAAUAAAUAUAUCUAGUAAUAAUAAUAAUCUCAAAAGGUCACAUCAAGAUUAUAAUGAUGAUGAUGAUGGUUUUGAACUAUCAAAUAUUUAUGUAUAUAAUUAA